AUGGACCAAGCGACGUCCGCUUCCCCAGCGAUGACCUUCAGUGUCCUGGCAUCCACUGCUCCAGUUCUUGCACCCCGAGUAGGCAAAUUGGCUAUUCCAGGCCGCAAGACCAUCGCGACGCCGCACCAUGUCCCGCUCACUUCGCGGGCACACUUGUAUGCUGGAUUGGAAGAUUUUAUCGCGAAAAAGCAACCACCCGUUUAUAAGACACCCGCCGCAGAUCAUGAGUCGCCAUUGAAGAAAUUCAUAUGUGUGGCCGAGGACAUGCCUUUGAUUCUAGGUCCACGUCGAUUCCCUCCGAUCCCAUGCCCUCCCGCGAACACAUCGGCUUCCAUCGCGCUGCUCACAUCAGUCGGGUUCACCCAGUUAUCUGCGCAUGAUUAUGUGAAGGCUGUUCAAAAGCUGAGGCCAGAUAUUGCGGUUGGGAUGGUGGACCUGGCUAAUAAGCAGCCCGGAUCCAAGAGGCGGGGGAAGAUGGUCGACCGGACACAUGCCUGGACUCGGGAUGCAUUGGAGCAGCUCUAUGGGGACGCUGUGGCAGAGAAAGACAAGUCAAAGAGCGCAUAUUUUGCGCCGGUGUUGCCUCUUGAUAAUGCGCAGCAGUCCCUCUACCUGGAAGAUUUGGAGAGUGAAUUCCGGUGGGAUAUAUCCGGCCUAGCGCUAUAUCAGUCUGCGUCAUUGGGAUUCGUUCCAGAAUCCCUGGCGAACCUUCCUCGAUUGCUCUUUAGCGAGCCUGAGACUCCACAGGCUAUCCUGCGUGACAUAUCCCUCGGAGCAGACCUUCUCACCACCCUCUCCUCAGGCGCAUCGUCAGACGGAGGUAUCGCCAUGGGAUUCGUGUUCCCCGCCCCAGCUCCCGUGCCAGAGGGCAAGUCUGAGCGUCUGCCUUUGGGAAUCGAUCUGUGGACGGGAGAUCACACUACAGAUACAUCUCCGCUGGGCGAGGGAUGUGAAUGCUAUACUUGCAAGAAUUACCAUCGUGCUUACAUCCACCAUCUCCUACUUGCUAAGGAGAUGACCGCUUGGGCUCUCCUUCAAGUCCAUAAUUUCCACGUCAUGGAUACCUUCUUCGCAGGAGUGCGGGAGAGUAUCCAACGUGGGUCCUUCGAGCAGGACAUUCAGACAUUUUCUCGUGUUUAUGCCUCUUCAAUGCCGGAGAGUAGCGGAGAAGGUCCUAGAUUACGUGGGUAUCAACUACCGGCAAAUGGGCCUAACCAGCCCCGCCGUAUGCCCAAGGUGUAUGGCGUUCUUGACGAUGCUAUACAGAAAUACGCCGAGGCCCAGUCUGAAAUCGCGACCCCAGAUACAGGUGCGAGCGGGCUCGAGGAACACGGGUUUGCCGAGAAGUUGUGA